UGUUCAGAGACUGCUGACCAUUGAGGUCACCCACGUCCCUUCAAGAUGAAAGCCGUGGUGCUGACCUUGGCUGUGCUCUUCCUCACCGGGAGCCAGGCUCGGCAUUUCUGGCAGCAAGAUGACCCCCAGUCAUCCUGGGAUCGGGUGAAGGAUUUUGCCACCGUGUACGUGGAUGCAAUCAAAGACAGUGGCAGAGACUAUGUGACCCAAUUUGAAGCCUCCGCUUUGGGAAAACAGCUCAACCUGAAACUCCUGGACAACUGGGACAGCCUGACCAGCACGUUUGCCAAAGUGCGCGAACAGCUGGGCCCGGUGACCCGGGAGUUCUGGGACAACCUGGAAAAGGAGACAGAGUCGCUGAGGCAGGAGAUGAACAAGGACCUGCAGGAGGUGAAGCAGAAGGUGCAGCCCUACCUGGACGAAUUCCAGAAGAAGUGGCAGGAGGAGCUGCAGAUCUACCGCCAGAAGGUGGCGCCGCUGGGCGAGGAGUUGCGCGAGGGCGCGCGCCAGAAGGUUCAGGAGCUGCAGGACAAGCUGACCCCGCUGGCCGAGGAGAUGCGCGACCGCGCGCGCGCCCACGUGGAGACCCUGCGGCAGCAGCUGGCGCCUUACAGCGACGAACUGCGCCAGCGCAUGGCCGCCCGCUUCGAGAUGCUCAAGGAGGGCGGCGGCAGCCUGGUCCAGUACCACGCCAAGGCCAGCGAGCAGCUGAAAGCGCUGGGCGAGAAGGCCAAGCCCGCGCUGGAGGACCUCCGCCAGGGCCUGCUGCCCGUGCUGGAGAACCUCAAGGUCAGCAUCCUGGCCGCCAUCGACGAGGCCUCCAAGAAGCUGAAUGCCCAGUGAGAUGCCUUGGGCUCCCCUCGCCAUCAGUUCAGUUUCUUAGAAUAAGCAUUUUCGGAGCGGGACGGGUGUGAUGGGUUGUAUGUUUUUUGGAAGCUUCGAUGAUGAUUUUUAAACAAUAAAGAGUUCUCCAAAA